AUAACACGUUAUUUUAGUUGAAGGCGAUUGAAGAACGUUUUAAAAAAAUUUAUCAUCACUUUUUGAGGUUAGGUGGAUUAAACAAGGUUGGUAUCAUUGAUAAAAACAUGAAACGGCAAACUUCACUUAUAUAACCACAAUGUCAAAUAUUAUCUUACUGUUUAUUAUCGUCGCUGUAAAAGAAAUUCAACAAAUCAUUUCUAAAUCGUAUUCCGUACGAGGCGGUCAUAAAAGAAGCCUUUAAUAAUUCGUGCGCACAAAGAAAUCUGCAUUAAGAUUAACACAAUUAUGGAUUUGUUGAUUGUGGGAAACGCUUUCGAACACGGCAACACAUUCUGGCCAGAUUGGGAGUCUUUUUGCGCUUUUUACCCGGACGAUUUGCGAAACGGAAAAUUACCAUGCACUUGCGGCGAAACAAAUCAAACUUACAAUUGGAAUUGGGAACCUCAGCGGACGGGGACGCACGUUUUAUCGAAUGGCAAUCGAGAGGUUGUGUUCCAUCCCGUUUAUAGCCCGGGUACGGCGGCUGUUCGCGGGAAUAAAAUCUUGGAGAAGAAUAUGCAUCAUUAUUGGGAAAUUAAAAUAUUAACGAAACUUUACGGAACUGAUGUGAUGAUUGGUGUUGGAACUCCCGACGUAUCAUUAGAAGAGCGCCAAUACAAAUUCUGCAGCAUGUUAGGGUGUGAAGAUCAAUCUUGGGGUUACUCCUACCGUGGUUCAUUACAACAUAACAAAUUAACCCGGGAAUACGGCCCCCCAUUCGGAAUCGGCACAAUAAUCGGGAUCCAUUUAGACAUGUAUUCCGGCACAUUAGAAUAUUACAUGAAUCGAAAACCUUUAGGAAUCGCCUUUCGCGGUCUCAAAAACAAAGAUUUAUACCCGAUGGUGUGCUCAACAGCCGCUCAAUCAUCCAUCCGUUUAAUCUCAGCAUUCUCAUUCCCUGAUUCCCUUGAAAUGACCUGUUUAAAAGUAAUCAGCAGUAGGGCGACGUUAAAAAAACAAUUUAAUUCAAUUCCUGGGUUAACCCGAUUAAUAAAACCCGAAUAUUUUUGGUGUUUACCCGGAAAAGAUGAACGAAACCUUGAUAUUGAAUUAUCCGUUGAAGACGAAGCUAUUUUACCGUUAAAAACCGUCGUUGAGAUUGAAACGAGACAAAGGAAACGAUUAAGAACGAAUAAGUGGGGGAUGGAAUACUCGGGUAUUGACCAAGAAUACUUUACACAUCGAGAUUUCUUCCGGAAGGUGACUCAUGGGGUGAUUAAAUCGUUAAAAAAGAAACCAUAUUAUAGCCCGAGUUGUCAAAAAUGCUCGUUAAGGCCGGAUUUGAAUGUUAACGAGAAAUUAAUUUCGAUCGGGGAGAUUAAAAAGAAAAUUGGGGUUGAUAUUAACGAUGUUGAUAUUUAUGGUGAUAUUGAUGAUACGUUAUGAGGAAUUCUUUUUAAGUGAAAAUGUGAUAGCUUUUUAGAAAUUAAUUCGAAUAUAAUUUUUUUAUUUAUGGAUGUAUUUUUGUUGAGGUGUAAAUAUUUGUUAAAACGAUUUUUUAGUUAUUUUUUUUUAAUUGUGUUGGUUACACAUAUAAACUCACAUUAAAUACAUAAUAAAACUUUAUAAAUUAAUAA